AUGCGGGGCUUACUGGGAGCUGCAGCUGCGCUCCUCGCGGCCACGGCACAAUGCGUCUCGGCCGUGAGACUCGAUGUCACCAAUGCUAAUUCCAUAAAGGAAUCGGCACGUACCAUCGCCCACGGUAUGAUGACCUACUACUCCGGCAAUGUCACCAAUACCCCCCAGACGAUCGGUGUCCUUCCUCCUCCCUACUACUGGUGGGAGGCUGGAGCCAUGUGGGGUGCUCUGAUGGAUUAUUACCACUUCACCGGCGAUGCCUCGUACAACAAGGUUCUGACCGAAGCUCUCAUGAGCCAGGUUGGUCCAAACUGGGAUUUCAUGGUUCCCCUACACCAGAAAGAUGAAGGAAACGAUGACCAGGCCUUUUGGGGAUUUGCUGUCAUGUCGGCGGCGGAGAAAGGCUUCCCACAGCCACAGGGCAGCCAGUACUCGUGGGUACAGCUCGUCGAGAGGCUUUGGAACACCCAGGUUCAGCGCUGGGGCACCGAUCAUUGCGGCGGAGGGCUGAGAUGGCAGAUCUUCGAGUCCAACAACGGCUACAACUACAAGAAUACCGUUUCGAACGGCGCCUUCUUCCAGCUGUCUGCCCGGUUGGCCCGAUUCACUGGCAAUCAGACAUAUGUGGAAUGGGCAGAUAAAUCCUAUAACUGGGCAGCCGACCUUGGCCUGAUCACCGAUGAAUACCACGUCUUCGAUGGUGCAGACGUUCUGAAGAACUGCACAUCCUUGACCAAAAUCAUGUGGACGUAUAAUGCUGGUAUCUACCUAUAUGGGUCAGCAAUGAUGUACAACCAUACCAAUGGCGCCGGUGCGUGGAAACAGCGUACUCAAGGUUUCCUGGACGCCAGCACGAAAUUCUUCAGCCCAUUCGAUAAUGCAACCAGCGUCAUGUACGAGCCUGCGUGCGAGACGGUCAACAGAUGCAACACCGACCAGUACUCCUUCAAAGCCUACCUGUCACGCUUCAUGUGGGCUAGCACCUUAAUCGCACCAUUCACUACUUCUACAGUCAAUAGCCUUCUCACCAAGUCAGCCCAAGCCGCUGCGACCGCUUGCUCUGGGCCUACCGACGGUGUUACAUGUGGUGCGAGGUGGUAUGUGGGUGGCUUUGAUGGCACGUUCGGCGUGGGCCAGCAGAUGAGUGCACUGGAGACGAUCCAAGGCCUAUUGGUUUCUGGCACCGUUCCGCCGAUGGUCGGUGGGCAGCAGAAGAUUGUUCCACCAAGUCAAGGGGUAGAGAACUCGAAGAGCGCGGAGGCACCAACCAUCUCUGCUUCGACUGCUGUGCCGAAUACUCCUGAACAGAGUCCAAAGAGCGUACCCUCGUCAGUUGUGCCGGAUACUCCUGAACAGAGUCCAAAGAGCGUGCCCUCGUCAGUUGUGCCGGAUACUCCUGAACAGAGUCCAAAGAGCGUGCCCUCGUCAGUUGUCGUUACAACGGCCGUGACGACUAUCUGUCCAAGCAGCGUGGUCUCGCCAGUUGCCCCGUCAGUUGCGUCGCCAAUUGCUCCAUCAGUUGCAUCUCCAGUUGCCCCGUCAGUGGCAUCAUCAGAUGCACCGCCAGCCGCACCGCCAACAGAAUCUCCCAUCGCAUCAUCAACCGCAUCCCCAAUCCCUUCCUCAGUCGCCGCGCCAUCCGUCCCCUCGGCCUCCUCCGGAAGUGAUUCUGCAGAGACACCAGGUAGUGUGGCUUCAGUGGUCGCCCCUGCGACACUCGUUCCCUCACCGAUCGCCACUUCAAUACUCAUCGAUUCAUCAACCGGCCCCUCACCACACGUCCCUUCGAUCUCGUUAGUCGCAUCCCCCGCCGCCUCUCCGGCCGCUUCAAACGUGACAUUUCAGAGUGGGGGCAGUGAGAGCUUGGGACAGCGACCAACGGAGCUCCUUUUGAUAAGCUUCGGAAUGGCCGUGCUCAUGUUGAGAUAG